UAUACAUGUAUGCAAGUUGCUGUUAGUCUUUGACAUCACAAUUCUGUUGCUUCCAAAUACUUUCACCUUAUAUCUGACUUUCCAAACCAAAGAUGGCUGAGACUGUCCUUAAUGUUGUUGCUGAGGAAAUACUAGGCAAGCUGAUUUCACUUGCUACUGAGCAAAUCGGCCUUGCUUGGGGUUUCGAGGAGGAGCUGACUCGUCUUCGUGACUCAUUCGCCUUGAUUCAAGCUGUGCUGGCUGAUGCGGGGAGAAGGCAAGUGAGAGAAGAGUUGGUGAGGCUUUGGCUAGAGAAGCUUAAAGAUGUUGCUUAUGAUGCUGAUGAUGUGCUGGAUGAGCUUGCUUAUGAGAUUCUCCGCCGAAAGGUAGAGAUCCGAAACCAAAUGAAGAGAAAGGUAUGCUUCUUCUUUUCACUUUCAAACCCCAUUGCAUUCCGUAUCAAGAUGGCCAACAAAGUUAAGACUAUUCAUGAAUCGCUAAAAAGGAUUAAUGAUGAAGCAAAUGGAUUUGGACUUAUUAGAGCAGGAUCGGUAUAUGGUAAUCCUGAGACUAUACCAAACCGAGAGACAGAUUCAUUUCUUGACCAUUCAGAAGUUGUAGGAAGGGAAGAUAGUGUUUCAGAAAUAGUGAAGUUAGUGACUAGUACAACUGGUCAACAACUCUCAGUCAUUCCCAUAGUAGGAAUGGCAGGUUUGGGAAAAACAACUUUAGCAAAACUAGUGUACAAUCAUGAGCUAGUAAAGAAUUAUUUUGAUAAGAAAAUAUGGGUAUGUGUCUCUGAUGAUUUUGAUGAUAAAAGUAUUUUAAGAGGGAUUCUUGAAUCCCUUACUGGUAACCCAAGUCAAUUAGAAAGUAAGAAUGCAAUACUUCAAAACCUUCAAAAAGAGUUGCAAGGAAAAAGAUAUCUUCUCAUUCUUGAUGACGUUUGGAAUGAAGAUUUACUGAAAUGGGAUGCAUUAAGGGGUUGUUUGUUAGGAAUUAAUUCAAAUUUUGGAAACAAUAUUAUUGUAACAACCCGUAGUCACAAGGUGGCAGGAAUCAUGGAAACACUUUCUCGACAUCAAUUAGAAAAACUAGAUGAUGAUGAAUGUUGGUCCAUAAUCAAGAAAAGGGUAUCUGCAGUUCCAUUAACUCCAGAUUUAGAGGCUAUCGGAAGAGACAUUGCUAAAAAAUGUGGAGGGGUUCCAUUAGUAGCAAAAGUUUUAGGAGGGACAAUGUCACUAAAAAAGGUGAAAAGUCAAUGGUUGACAAUUCAAAAUAGUGAAGUUUGGAGUAGCCUACAUGAUAGCAAUGACAUGUUACCAAUAUUAAAAUUAAGCUUUGAUUAUCUUUCAUCACCAUCUUUAAAACAAUGUUUUGCAUAUUGUUCAAUUUUUCCUAAAGAUUAUGUUAUGGACAAGGAAGAAUUAAUUCAACAUUGGAUGGCUGAAGGGUUCCUUCAACCAUCUCAAGGAAGUGAUUUGGUGAUGGAGGAUAUUGGUAUUAUGUAUUUUGAUAUCUUGGUAGCAAAUUCCUUAUUGCAAGAUGUGGAAAAAGAUAAAUAUGAUAAUAUUGUGAGUGGUAAAAUGCAUGAUUUGGUACAUGAUCUUACCCUCUCAAUUUCAAAAUUGGAAACCUUGAUUGUGAAGGGAGAUUCGAUGGAUGAUAUUAGUCAUGUACGACAUUUAUCUAUCCAAUUUGAAGGAGAAAUAGUACCAAGAAUUUCUUUUUCAAAAGUCAGUGUUAGGAGAUUGCGCACGCUUGUUUCAAAUGCUGAUGUGUUUGGGAAUAUGUUAUCAAAUUUUAAAUGCUUGCGUGUUCUGAAAUUGUCAGGGUUUAGCAUAAUAGAGUUAUCAGAAUCAAUUGGUCAGUUAAUACACUUGAGGUUUCUCCACAUCUCAUGUCCUAACAUCAAAGCAUUGCCAAAGUCCAUCACCAAGCUCUACAAUUUGCAAACUUUAAAUAUUAGAGAUUGCUAUAGAGUCCGUGAGCUUCCAAAAGAUCUAAAAAAUUUGGUUAACUUGAGAUCUAUUUGUGUUAAUAGUUCUGUUUACAUGUGGAGUUUACUGAAAGAUAUAGGGCAGUGGAAAUGUCUACAAAUGUUUCCAUCUUUCUAUGUGAAACAAGAUGCAGGUCAUCGAAUUGGAGAAUUGGGGCAGUUGAAUCAACUUCGGGGAGUAUUAACCAUCAAGGAUCUGGAGAAUGUGAGAGAUAAAGAAGAAGCUAGAAGUGCAAAUUUAGCUGAAAAGGCCAAAAUAGACAAGUUAGGUUUUUACUGGGAUUAUAGUAGAACUAGAAGAGAAGUCAAUUACCAUAAUGAAGAAGACGUGUUGGAAGGCCUCCAGCCUCAUCAAAAUUUGAAAUCCAUAACAAUUGAAGGCUUUGGUGGAAAGAAAUUCCCAUCGUGGAUGUUGAGAAGUUGUGAUGCAAAGGAUGCUUUGUCACUUUUUGACAAUUUGAUUGAAAUAAAUUUUGACGAUUGCACAGAAUGUGAGGAAGUUCCCACCCUCGGACAUCUACCCUGCCUUAAGUUUCUUAGAAUAGUGGGAAUGGAUAAAGUGACCUGCAUAGGAGUUAAGUUUUACACCAUGUACAGUGAUGACAGUUACAGAAAUGCAUUGUUCCCGGCAUUAAGAAAACUCGAAUUGAAGAACAUGAACUGCCUAGUGGAGUGGCAGGAUGUUAUGGAAGUGACAGCAGCACGUGUUGUGUUUCCUUGCCUUGAGGAGUUGACCAUUAAAGACUGUCCUCGACUAAUGAGUGCUCCAUGCAAUUUUCAAUCUCUUAAUAAAUUAGAGAUUGGUGGAGUUUGCAGCACAAUAUUUGAAAAGAUUUGCAGUAAGCUCACAACACGCACAUCCCUUGAUAUUUCUUCAGUGUCAGAACUUGCUUUUCUGCCAAAGCAGAUUAUUUGUACCUCUCUACGUUCGCUUAAGAUAGAAAAAUGUGGGGAACUGAGUCAAAUUCCGGAGGUCUUGCACAACCUCAGUUCCCUUGAGACGUUGGAGGUAAAGGGUUGUCCUAAGUUGAUGUCUUUUCCAAGUAUACAAGCUGCCGCAUCCCUUCUUCGACACUUGGCGAUAUCAUGUGGUGAUGAAGUUCUCCCAACUGGGUUGCAAUUCUGUACGUCUCUUCGAGAUUUGAGCAUAAAUGAUUGUCCUAAUCUGAUAUUGAUUCCAGAUCUACGAGAGUUUCGAUCUCUUACUCAGUUAGAAAUUUCCGGAUGCCCCAACCUGAAGAUUAUUCCAGAUAUAGGAGAAGUGCGUUCUCUUACCCAAGUAGAUAUUUUCAAAUGCCAGAAGUUGACACGUCUACCACAGUGGUUAUGGGAUUGCCGCUUGAAUAGAUUGUCGAUAGGUGGGUUUUGCGAAGAACUGGAUGUUUUCCCCAUUCCCAGUUCCAUGACUUCCAUCCAUGCGUCCCUUAAAUUUCUAUGUUUAUAUGGAUGGACUCGACUCAACUCUAUCCCGGUCGAAAUUCAACACUUCACUGCUAUUGACGAGCUGUCCAUAAGGGAAUUUGAUGGAAUGGAAACUUUGCCUGAAUGGUUGGGCAGCGUUUCUUCUCUUCAGUGUUUGCAACUUUACCGUUGCAAAAACUUGGUGUAUCUGCCAACAAAGCAAGCUAUACAACACCUCUUCCAGUUAGAGAUUAAUGAUUGCCCCAAAUUAAAAGAAAGAUGCGCAAAGGGGAGCGGUGCAGAGUGGUCCAAAAUUUCCGAAAUCUCAUGGCUGUCAAUCGAUGAUGAAUAUAUCAAACGGUAGCUGUGCACAUUAUUCCAACACAGAUGGGCGAAGAAGAAAAAAAAAUGGAGUUAUCUCUUUCGAUAAUUGCAAACAAUAUUCAACGCCGAUUUUUCCAUAUUCCAAUUAUAGAGAAAUUAUGCGGUUAUCUCGUGGGUGCUGUGAAAGAAGGAAAAGAACUGAAAUGCAUUAAUGAACAAAAAAGUUUAGAAAUUGCAUUUUGUAAAAGAUUGAUGGGUUUGCCAGAGGGGUUAGACCACCUCACCCACUUGAACACUUUAAAGGUUGGUGCGUUUUAUGAAGAGUUAUAUGCUUUCCUUAGCCUCAGUUUCAUCCAACACUUGCAGAAGUCCCUCGAAAAUCUAGAACUUAUAGGGUGGACUAAAGUCAACUCUCUCCCAGACGAAAUUCAAUGCUUGCCCUUAAAAGACUAGAUAUAUGGAAUUUCGAUGGAAUGGAAGCUUUGCCUGAGUGGUUGGGCAACCUUUCUUCUCUUCAAAUGCUAUGUUAUUGUUACUGCAAGAACCUGAUGUAUCUGCUCACAGCACAAACCAUGCAAUGCCUCACCAAAUUAGAAUAUUUGAACAUUUAUAAUUGCCCCAAAUUAAAGGAAAGAUGUGAAAAGCAGAGAGGUGCAGAAUGGCCCAACAUUGCCCAUAUUCCAUUUAUAGAAAUCGAUGGGGAAUAUAUCUAAGGGUCACUGCAGAGAUUGGUCCAAGACAGAUGACAGGUGGAAUGGAGCGUAAAUUUGUACCCUUAUUGAUCUUGAACCCCUUCAUCAUGCUUGAUUUCUUACCAACAAGAGGCAUGAUAACCUUCAAAUUCAUGAUUUACAGCAUCUGCCACGGGCUUAAAUUUUUUGUGGAAGAAAAAGAAAGAUACAACAUAUUUCUAGCCAUACCUUGUCAGAGCAGCAAGCAUAGAAUGGUUCCCAUAUAUAGGAUUCAUAUUUUCCUACCUUAAAGUCUCUUUGGCAGUCACUUCAAAGAAUUACUAACAGUUCAUCCACCUAUCAAAUCUUUUGCUGUUAUCAUGGCCUCACCAAGAGCCCUUUGCUCCAGUGACUGCAACACUUCACUGCUAGCUAAGGCUUUUCUUCUUGUCAGUGCUGUUGUCUUAACUAAGAUGCCGUCCUGUUUUGGGUGCUCCAAUUCAUACAAGGAUAAUAGCCUACGGUACUCAGGUCUUGAAGUUAACAAACUUGCUAGAAUCUCGGGUAAAUGUAAACUUCGCUAGCUGAUAAGAGUAGUUGAAAGAGUGGGAUACUCUUUAUUGCCAUUCUGGUCUUCAUUUCCUUGAGCUAGUAUCUUACAGAACAUUAUAAGCUAAAUUCAUCUGAAUUUGAAGUGUGGUAGUCAGUGGAGAAAUCAUUGCUACCUAAAUAAAAGACUCCAAUCUGGAAAAUUGGUGACCUCAUCUGUUGGAACAAUAGAAUGUGUUCUCUAAGUCCCGACUUAGAUAUUAAAGUGAAUGGCCACUCUACCAAGAGAUUUUGAUGACUCCUCUAUCCAACAGUGUGGCAGGAUGGCAUAUUCUUGUUUCACUUGGGCAGUGACAAUUACAAUGAACUUGCCACUUGAGAAGUUACAUAUAUUCACGAGUAUGGCGGCUUUUUGAAUUUCUACAUUUUGCUUUUCCUUAACAAGAAGCCCAUUUGGUUUGCAUGCUACAAUUCGUGUACAUGUUGGAAGAACAAUUCUUUAUAGUAAGCAGAUAAGUGAAUGGCCACUCUGCCCGAGAGAUUUUGAUGACGACUCUAACCAAUUAGAAGAGGGAAAGAUCCAUGACAUACUCCAACAGUGUGGCAAGAUGGCAUAUUCUUGUUUCAAUUGGACUGUGACAAUUACAAUGAACUUGCCACUUGAGAAAAUACAUAUAUUCACGAGUAUGGUGGCUUCUUAGAAGUUUUUUCAAUUUCUAUAUUUUGGUUUCUUCCAUGCCCUAUAUAUAUACUAAACAAGGGAUCUUUUUACUAAAUAGAACUCCUGACAGUUCAUCCACCUAUCAAAUCUUAUCUGUUAUCAUGGCCUCACCUAGAGGCUAGAGCCCUUUGUUCCAGUGACUUCAACACUUAAAUGAUUGCUAAGCCUUCUUCUCUUGUCAAUCUUGUUUUCCUAAGAGGCCAACCAGUUUGGGUGCUCCAAUUCAUACAAAAGUUUGAAGGAUACUAGCUUACAGUGAGCGGAUAAGGCAAUGAACGACCUGAAGUUGACAAAUUUGCUAGAAUCUCAGGACGUUAAAAGCUAAUUGCAUCUGGAUGUGAGGUGUGGUAGUCAGUGGAGAAAUCAUUGCUACCUAAAUAAAAGACUCCAAUCUGGAAAAUUGGUGACCUAAUCUGCUACAACAAUAGAAUGUGUUCUCUAAAUCCUGACUUAGAUAUUAAAGCCUCAUAUUUGAAAUGGUAUGUACGUGGCCCAACAUUUCUUAGGCUUUUAGCAUUGUUAGUUGUUAUAUGCAUGAUCUAAGGAAGGGCCAUUUGCAAGCUGCUAUAUGGAUCUUGAGAUGAUUUGGGUUUGAAGUUUGAGAGAGAUGAAUCUUUUAGAAGACACAUUGAUUCAGACUAUGUCAAGGAUCUAGAUAAGCACCAUUCUACUAUGAGCUACUUACAUUUGCAAAAGCAUUGGUGAGUAGGAGGUUGAUACUGCAGUAGGCUAUUGCAUUGGUAACCACUACAGCUGCAUGCAUGGGUUUGAUUGUAGUCAAAAGGGGGCUCUUUGGCUACAUGGUUUGAUUGAAGACUUGAAAAUUCAUCGUAAGCACAUUUGUCUAUUUUGUGAUGGUCAAGAGUUCCA